AUGUCGAUACAGGACCACCUGCAGUCAUUCCUGUCGGCAGCGUCCAGCUCGCAGCGCACGCUCGAUGUCGACCAACACCUCAUAGGAUCGCUUCAAGCCGACCUCGAUUCCUUUGAUCGCACUGGCAGCGAGCACACCAUCCUCGACAGCUCGAAGGCCCAACAAGAUGGCGCCACUAACGAUGUCUGGUCGCAAUUCCACCGCUUCCUGUCCCUCAGCCGCUCUGUCGAGCAAGCAGGCCAAGAUGCCAUCGACCACUAUCCGAACGAAAUGGAGGGCACAACCACAGGCCAAUUCGACGGAGCAGAAUACCAUGCUCCUGCAAGCUCAUCUCCUGCCGUGCUUGGUCUCCAAGAUCAUCUCGCACACCUUGCAGCUGCUGACCCACAGCUGGCCGAGAGCGUGCGGCAUACGGUCUUGGCUGCCCUCUCCUCACCGAGCUCAGGAGACCAGAUCUCUGCAGAGCUGGCCGAAGCAAUCGGGUUUGAGCAUCUCGACCUAGUGGGCAGCAUCGUUGGUGACCGUCAAGCUGUUCUUGCAGCGCUCCAAUCCGGUUCACAGGAACCAUUACACUUGAAUGGCACCGGCGAAGUGUCAAAUCACGACCGAGUCGAGAUCGCAUUGCCGCAUCAAGAACAUCACCACGGCAGGCAAUACGACGCUUUCCAUCGCGGUAGCAGACCGCACAUCCCCGGCUCACAAGUCGUCGUGCAAACACAGGAAGAAAGGCAACAAGCGCGGCGCUUCAAAAACGACCUGCGCAAAGCCAACCGCCAGCAAGUCGUCGAUCCCAGCGACAGCAUCCGCACCUACACUCCCGAAGAGCUUGAACGCAUCCGCGAAGAGAGCCUCGCUGCUGCCGCCAAUCGUCCUCUCUACACCGGCACGGCUACUGGCGGCGAUGAUGUGCGCUACCCACACGUCUUUUCGUCCGGAGCCCAAGGAAACGUCCUUUCGGUCUUCGGACAGCGAUUCGCUCUUCCCCUCGGAACGCUCCGCGAAGAGAAGGAGUUUUACGAAGAAGUCACCAUCCCUCCACCGCGGACAGUGCCCAUGCGCACCGACGAGCGAUACAUCCCCAUUCCCGAGAUGGACCCCAUCUGUCGCGGCGCUUUCCCUGGCUACAAGAGCCUCAACCGACUCCAGAGCGCCGUCUAUCCGCUCGCCUACAAGACCAACGAGAAUUUGCUUGUCUGCGCUCCUACUGGUGCAGGUAAGACUGAUGUAGCCAUGUUGACCGUCAUGCGCGCUAUCAGUCAGUACGCUCGUAACCUCGAGCCCACAGCCGGGAACGCUGCCGCCGGAUUCGACAUUCAGAAGAACGACUUCAAGAUCAUCUAUGUCGCUCCUAUGAAGGCGCUGGCCGCCGAGAUCGUGCGCAAAUUCAGCAAGCGUCUUCAGUACCUCGGCAUCAAGGUCCGCGAACUUACGGGUGAUAUGCAAAUGACGCGACAGGAGAUCGCCGAGACGCAGAUGAUCGUCACGACCCCCGAAAAGUGGGACGUCGUGACUCGCAAGCCGACAGGUGAAGGCGAGCUCGCCACCAAGGUGAGGCUGCUCAUCAUCGAUGAAGUGCAUCUUCUGCACGACGAACGUGGAUCGGUCAUCGAGACCAUCGUUGCGCGAACUCUGCGGCUGGUCGAAUCGAGCCAGUCGCUCAUCCGUAUCGUCGGACUCUCCGCCACGUUGCCCAACUACGUCGACGUCGCCGACUUUCUCCGAGUCAAUCGGUGGCAGGGUCUCUUCUACUUUGACUCGUCCUUCCGCCCCGUUCCGCUCCAGCAGCACUUCAUCGGCGUCAAGGGCAAGGUCGGCUCACAGCAAUCGCGAGCGAACCUCGACAAGGCAUGCUUUGAGAAGGUCAGCGAGCUGGUGCAGGCUGGUCACCAGGUCAUGGUGUUCGUCCACGCGCGCAAAGAGACGGUCAAGACCUCGCAGACACUGCGAGAGAUGUUCCGGGACGAAGACAUGAGCGACAUCAUUCGCGACGCCACAGAGGCGAACCCACGCAAGGCCUUCUUCAAGCGAGAGCUGCAGUCGAGUCGCAAUCGCGAGAUGAAGGAGCUGUUCGACUAUGGCUUCGGCAUCCAUCACGCUGGAAUGCUUCGAUCGGAUCGUACGCUGAGCGAGCGCAUGUUCGAAGCUGGUGUCACGCGCGUGCUCUGCUGUACCGCUACGCUCGCUUGGGGUGUCAACUUGCCCGCGUACGCCGUUGUGAUCAAAGGCACGGACGUCUACGACUCGUCGGCGGGCAAGUUCGUCGACCUGUCGAUUCUCGACGUGCUGCAGAUCUUUGGUCGUGCCGGUCGUCCCCAGUACGAGGAUCUCGGUGUGGGCUACAUCCUCACCUCGCAAGACCGCCUCUCGCACUACGUCGAUGCCAUCACCUCGCAGCAUCCCAUCGAGUCCAAAUUCAUUGGUGGCAUGAUCGAUUCGCUCAACGCCGAGAUCUCGCUCGGCACCGUCGCCAGCAUUCGAGACGGUGUGUCCUGGCUCGGCUACACCUACCUCUUCACGCGUAUGAAGCGCACGCCGCUCACCUAUGGCAUGACACACGAUGAGGUCGCCGACGACCCGCAUCUGGGCGCAAAACGUCAGCAGCUCGUCAACGUAGGCGUCAAGAAGCUCGUCGAGGCCAAGAUGGUCGAGCACGACCCCGUCACUGAUCACCUCAAGGUGACCGAUCUCGGUCGAAUCGCCGCCAAAUACUAUAUCGGCUACAAGACCAUCGAGACGUUCAACGAGCGCAUGCAUAGCAACAUGAGCGAGGCCGAUGUGCUUGGCCUGCUCAGCCAAGCCGCCGACUUUGAACAGAUCGUGCCCCGCGACGCCGAGGAGAAGGAGCUCAAGAAGAUGCUCGAAGCGGCGCCCUGCGAAGUCUCGGGAGGCAUCGUGACCUCGCCGGGCAAAGUCAACAUUCUGCUGCAGGCGUACAUCUCGCGAACCUACAUCGAAGACUUUGCCCUCGUCUCGGACUCGGCUUACGUGGCUCAGAAUGGCGGACGUAUCAUUCGCUCUCUGCUGGAGAUUGCGCUCAGUCGUCGUUGGGCCCGCACCGCGUCUGCUCUCAUUUCGAUGAGCAAGGCUCUCGAGAAACGCAUGUGGCCGUUCGAUCAUCCAUUGCAACAAUCGCAUCUAAAUCCGGACACACUCUAUGCUGUCACGGAGCGUGCAGACGAUGUUGAGAUCGAAGAGCUUGCGGAAAUGGCGCCGGCGGAGAUUGCCAAGCUCAUCCGCGUCAACGCUCGCAUGGGACAGGCGGUCAAGCAAGCAGCUCGUAGCUUCCCCCGUAUAUCGACCUCAGCCUCGCUGCGUCCGCUCAGCCACGACCUUCUGCGCAUCGAUGUCGUCGUCGACCGCACCUUCGAAUGGAGCGAGCGAGAUCUCGGACGGCUCCACGGCUUUUACAUUUGGAUCGAGGAUGAAGAGGGAUCCGAGAUCCUUCAAUGGGUCACGCAUCUCACGCGAGUCAGCGACUCCCAUCUGUCCAACGUGACCUUUACCGUCCCGCUCCGAGACGAGCUGCCGUCCGGCCUCAAUCUGCGGUGGAUGUCCGAGAGCUGGCUUGGCAGUGAAGGCACCGAGUGGAUUUCCUUCGAUGAUCUUGUCGUUCCUGACAAGCCACCGGCUCACGACUCGCUCCUCGACCUUCCGUUGCUGCCCGUCCGCUCUGCACUUCAAGACGAGCUGCUUUGCGAAAUGUACGCGCAAAAGUUCAGCGCCUUCAACGCGCUCCAAACACAGAGUUUCCACACGCUCAUGCACACAUCGGCCAAUACUGUCCUCUGCGGACCGACCGCCUCGGGCAAAUCUACCGUCGCGACCAUGGCUGUGUGGAGAGCCUUGCAGCGGGGCGACCGGAAGUGCAUCGUCAUCGUCCACAACAAGCGAGACUCGCUAGCUUCAGCUAUGAGGAGCACCAUGGUGGCAGCACUCAAGCAAAAGGGCAUCGAGGUGAAGCGCAGCUCGCUGUCGAAAGAGGUGCUGCCUUUCGUCUGCAACGACGGAGCUGGAGCACGCGUGCUCGUCACGACUGCCACUUCGCUGCUGCGAGCUAUGGAGGCACGAAAUGACCUGGUCGAUCACGUGUCGUUGCUUCUUGCGGAAGACAUCCACCUGCUGGAUCCCGGAUAUGAGUUGAUGCUGUCCAAAUUUAUGUGGUGCUCGGCGCGAUGGAACGCGAAUGACACACCAAACACUGUGGCAGCACCCCGCAUCGUUGCGACCAGCGCCAGUCUCAACGACGUCAGCUCCCUCUCGCAGUGGAUCGGAGCGGACGAGUUCUCCACCUACAACUUUCACCCGAAGGACCGUCCCUCGAUCCUCAACACGGGUUUCCAGGCCUUCGACCUGCCCCAUUCCAGCGGCCUGCUCAAAACGAUGGUCAAGCCUGCCUUUGACAAGAUGAAAGAGACCCGAGCCAACGGUCCUGCGAUCGUCGUCGUGCCUUCCAUAUGGCAGUGCUUUACGACCGCCUCGGACCUCAUCACCAAAGCUGCCGCCGAGCUCGACACAGACGGCUUCCUGGGCUUGCCGUCCGAGGAGAUUGAGUCCAUCUUGCCGCACAUCCUCGACACGUCCCUACAUGAGGCGUUGGUGCACGGUAUCGGUAUCGUGCACGAAAAGACUUCCCCUCAAGACCGAACCGUCAUCGAGCAUCUUUACGAGCAGGGGCUUGUCAAGCUCAUCAUCAUCACGCGCGAAUGCCUCUGGAGCACGACGCUUCGUGCGGCGCUGGUCAUCGUGAUGAGUACGCAGUAUGUGCGCAUCACCAAGACGCAUGGUACGGGCGUGUCCGAUCGCGAGCUGGUGGACUAUACGCUUGCCGAACUUGGCCGGGCGCAGAGCCUGGCGGUGCGACCGGGAACGCUGUCCAACCCGAAUCCGCCGGGCAAAUGCCUGGUCCUCUGCCAGACAGACAAGGCCAUCAUGCUCGAAAAGAUGCUUCAGACGGGUAUGCCACUCCACUCCUCCCUACUGCAGGACGAGCACCGUGGUGCGCCCCUCCUGCCCACCGUGCUAGGCGAGAUCGUCGAGGGCGUCCUGACCAGCGAAGAACAAGUGAUCGACUUGCUCAGCUGGACCAUCCUUCCGUCGGAGCUGAUGCGCAACCCUACCUACUACGACUGUGCCGCGAACUCCACCGAGUCUGUCGCAGCUCGUCUUACUCAGGUGGGCAUUGACCUCGUGCAGACCCUGCGCGACCUUCGCCUGAUCGACAAGACAGGUCUCAAGGCGACCGAUCUCGGCCGGGCGCUGCACGUGCAGCCGGGUUCGACGCUGCUUCACGUCGUGCGCUGGUUCACCAACCUCAGCAGCAAGCCGAACCGUGCGGCCAAGGAGAUGGACACCUUUGCGCCGAGCCCGCGCAAUCGCAGGGACAAGGAGGUCGUCGAAGACACCGCAGUGCGGGAAGUCAUCGAGGCGACAUUGAUCCAGCUGCCGGUGGAGUGGCGGAGCGCCUUCCGCCUGUCCGCAUCGACGGCCGCGUCCAACGAGGGUGAAGCGGCAGAGGGUGACGUAAGGGAGGGAGAGGGGGAGAAGAAGGACAUCACACACGGAACGAAGCAUCGUCUGCUGUUGUGUUUGUACUUUGCCAAGAUGGAGCUCAUCACGCCAGCUACGGCGAGGGUGCUAGGCAUGAGUCGACGCGCGAGGAAGCGGCUCCAGCACGAGCAGGAGCAGGGUCAGAAUGAGGGAGGAGAAGCGAAUGGUGAUGCACCGCACGGUGAUGAAGAGGAAGCGACGGACGCAGCGCAUGGGAAGGCGAUCGAGAAGCUGGAGCAGGAGCAGGCGGCAGAGGUGCUCGCCCUGCUCAGCUCGAUCAGCAGCGUCGGCGGUCGCAACUAG